GGCAGCCCUGGUGUUUUCGCAGAAAAUUUCUUUGCACUUGCCAAACAAUAAUAAAAAACUUGCUUAAUUUUAGUCCAGAAAUAGUAGAAAUACAACGACAAGAAUCAGCAUAACAGCACAUUAAAAAUGUUUCGAUCACAUUUUGAUAAAAACUUAGAAAAUGCCACGAGUCACUUGCGUUUGGAGCCCGACUGGCCCUCCAUCCUCUUGAUUUGCGAUGAAAUCAAUCAGAAAGAUGUCACUCCCAAGAAUGCCUUUGCCGCCAUCAAGAAGAAGAUGAACUCCCCCAAUCCCCACUCAUCCUGCUAUUCCCUGCUGGUCCUCGAGAGCAUCGUCAAGAACUGCGGAGCACCCGUGCACGAGGAGGUCUUCACCAAGGAGAACUGCGAGAUGUUCAGCAGCUUCCUGGAGUCCACGCCCCACGAGAACGUCCGCCAGAAGAUGCUCGAGCUUGUCCAGACCUGGGCCAAUGCCUUCCGCUCCUCGGACAAGUACCAGGCCAUCAAGGACACCAUGACCAUCCUGAAGGCCAAGGGGCACACCUUCCCCGAGCUCCGGGAGGCGGAUGCCAUGUUCACGGCGGACACGGCGCCCAACUGGGCAGAUGGCAGGGUGUGCCAUCGCUGUCGCGUGGAGUUCACCUUCACCAACCGGAAGCACCACUGCCGAAACUGCGGCCAGGUCUUCUGUGGCCAGUGCACUGCCAAGCAGUGUCCGCUGCCCAAGUACGGAAUCGAGAAGGAGGUGAGGGUCUGCGAUGGCUGCUUCGCCGCCCUCCAGCGUCCGACGAGCGGAGGAGGUAGCGCAAAGUCUGGAGCACGACCGGCGGACAGCGAGCUCCCGGCCGAGUAUCUGAACAGCACAUUGGCUCAGCAAGUGCAGACACCAGCCCGCAAGACCGAGCAGGAACUCAAGGAGGAGGAGGAACUGCAGCUGGCCCUGGCCCUCAGUCAAUCGGAGGCGGAGCAGCAGAAGCCCAAGCAGCAAGCCCAGCCAGCCGCUGCCUAUCGCCUGCAGCAGAGGUCUCCCAGUCCGGAGGCGCCGCCCGAGCCCAAGGAGUACCACCAGCCGCAGCCGGAGGAGGCGGCCAAUCCGGAGCUGGCCAAGUACUUGAAUCGCAGCUACUGGGAGCAACGCAAGAUUAGCGAAUCCUCCUCGAUGGCAAGUCCCUCGGCGCCGAGUCCCAUGCCACCAACACCGCAGCCCCAACAGAUUAUGCCCUUGCAGGCCAAGAGCGCCGAUGAGGUGCAGAUCGAUGAGUUUGCCGCCAACAUGCGCACCCAGGUGGAGAUUUUUGUGAACCGCAUGAAGUCCAACUCGAGCCGUGGUCGCAGCAUCUCCAACGAUUCCUCGGUGCAGACCCUCUUCAUGACUCUGACUUCGCUGCACUCCCAGCAGUUGUCCUACAUCAAGGAAAUGGACGACAAGCGCAUGUGGUACGAGCAGCUGCAGGACAAGCUCACCCAGAUCAAGGACUCGAGGGCUGCGUUGGAUCAGCUGCGACAGGAGCAUGUGGAGAAGCUGCGCAGAAUCGCCGAGGAGCAGGAGCGUCAACGCCAGAUGCAAAUGGCCCAGAAGCUGGAUAUAAUGCGCAAGAAGAAGCAGGAGUACCUGCAAUACCAACGGCAGUUGGCACUGCAGCGCAUCCAGGAGCAGGAGCGCGAGAUGCAGUUGCGUCAGGAGCAGCAGAAGGCGCAGUAUUUGAUGGGUCAGUCGGCCCCACCGUUUCCCUACAUGCCACCGUCGGCGGUGCCGCAACAUGGAUCGCCCUCGCACCAGUUAAACAAUGUUUACAAUCCAUAUGCUGCCGGAGUGCCUGGAUAUCUGCCACAGGCACCUGCCCCGGCUCCCAACGGACAUGGUCAGUUCCAGGCCAUUCCGCCGGGAAUGUACAAUCCUUCAAUGCAACAGACGAUGCCUCCGAAUCUUCAGCAGCCCGGUGGCUUAAUGCAGCAACCUGCGCCGCCUGGAAAUGCCCAGAUGAUGCCGCCCAUGCCCGAAAAUCAGUUCGCCAACAAUCCAGCAAUCCUACAGCAGCCGCAAGCUCCACAGGCACAACAGCAUCCCAAUCCUCAGAUACCAUUUCAACAGCAGCCUCAGCAAAUCCCAGUGCAGCAGCCCCAGCAACAGCCACAGCAAAUCCCCGUACAGCAGCCCCAACCACAAAUGACUCACGUAAUGCACCAACAGCAUCAGCCCUUGCCCAACCAGGCGCCUCCAGCUCCACACGCACCUCCAGUCACCGAAAUCACCAAUAACCAAGUCCAGGCGGUGGCUGCUGCACCUGCUCCGCCGCAAAACGAACCCGGACCCGCGCCCGUUAAGGCUGAAGAGCCAGCCACAGCGGAACUUAUUAGUUUCGAUUAAUCCAAACAAUGUUAUUCCAUUUGUAUUACCCUUCAGAGCUGGGCCCAAACAGUUUUCGUAUGGUCGUUAUGCCAAAAAUGUAUGUUUUGUUAAGUUCAUUGCGGUUAUUAGUUACUAUUUCAAAAGAUUUCGCUACGAGAAACAGGAUAAAUUUUAAGUUUAGAAGAAAUGGAGGUAAAAAGACAGAAAAUUCCAUACGAGAUCUGUUUAGAACGACGCCCGCUCUUUUAUCAAGUUUUAACCAACUAAUGUUAUUCGAAAAUAAACGCUAACUUUGUAUUUUG